ACCAUGUUUUUAUCUUGUACACUGACUUAAUUUUGUUUUCAAUAGUUCUCUCAUUUCAUAUUUUAACUGAUGUGUAUGCUUAAAAGAAUUCCCACAACCUAAGUAGCUAGAUUCAGUGGAAUGCAUAUAAUCCAAAUGAAAAUGCAUUAUUCAGUGUAAGCUCCAUAAGCUGUACUGUUUGUGAAGCAUCAUUAAUAACACAUUAAAUAGUACAUUUUACCAAAAUACUUAAAAAUUAUUUAAUGGGUCGUGUCCAUGAUUAUCAGAUAGGUUAUGUUUGGUUUGGUUUAGUUUAGUGUUUCGUUAAGGGCACAGCAAAAUUCUGCAAUCGUUUUGGUUAGGUUUUCCCACAAAAUAUGCUGUGAAUACAUUUAUUGGUCUGACUUACAGUUGUAUUUUGCAUAUUAAAGGACACCAUGGUACAAAUAUGAAGGCACAGGUGACAUUCCUCCAGUACCAAAAAUGGCUGCUCCCAAACCGGAUCACAACUUUCGAAGAACCGCCGUUCUUAACAAACUUUUCAUGAGACAUAUCACAGAUAUGAUGGCGUCAGGUGAAGUUGCAAGCGAAAUACUUGGCAGAGGAAUAGAAAUAUCUAGAGUUAAAGUGGCGCCAGAUUUUAACAAAGUGAAUGUAUUCUGGUUAGCCAGAGGAACAGAAAAUGAUGAAGAUGUAGAGAAAAUUCUGAAAAAAUCUGCUGGACAGCUGCGCCAUGAGCUCUCAGAACUUCGUGUGAUGGGCGUUGUGCCAUAUAUAGAAUUUGUUAAAGACAAACAGUAUGCAAAGAUUGCAGAGGUGGAUAGAAUUCUUGAAACUGCUGACUUUGGAGAAGGUUAUAUUCCUCUAAAUGUAGGCCAUCAGUUCAAAUCUGAGUUCACGUUGCAGACUCUGCUGUCACCUGAAAUAAAGUCCCAUAUUGAGGAACUGGAAGAGAAGAUUCCUGAACCACCACUUCCACCCAUGAGGAUGGAUGUUUUGGGUCUAAAACAUGAAGAGAUAAUGAAUAAGAUCAAGAUGGCAGUGAAGAAAUCCCAGGCACCCCAUAGACAUCAACUUGGAGUUCCAUUAACCAGCUCCACAAACAGUGAACCAGCAUGGCAAAAUCCUGAGGAUGCUAAUCAUGACAUCACUUUUAAUCUGAAGAAGGAAGAAUUCAAAAAGUUCUUGAUGAAGAGACAGUUAUUGCAGAAGAAAGGCCUUUACAGCAAUAGUAAGAAAUACAGCCCAGAGAUGGAUCUGCACAGGAGUGGUGUUUCAGAAGAUUGCACAAUAACGUCAGAUUAUUUGGAGAGUAUUAAUGAUGAUGAAGAAGAUUAUAUAAUUGAAGAUGAAGAUGUGUCAUUCAAGAAUGAAUGAAGGAAAAUUAAGUAUAGGUAUUCUGUUAAGAAAGACACAACUAAAAGAUAAUUACACAAGAACAUGACAUGUGGUAAGCAUUAAGAACAGUCAUCAUUAGUAGUUGAAAACAAAUGCAUGUAAUUGUUCCAGAGUGUGUGUGUGUACAAAUUAUUAAUGUACAUUUGUAGAUACGAGUUGAAUGUAAAUAUUAUUUGCAGUUUUUCUGAGUUUUGAAAUAUAAAAAUAUGUAAAUACAUGUUCAUAUUGACUGGGUAUUGUUGCUUCAUAAACGUUUAGAAUGAAAUGCAGUAGAUAUUAAGAAUAAAAGUUUUUACCAGAAU